CAGGAGGAACAGAUCCCAGCAGACGAGAAGAGGCGAGACACCCGAGGCAGACGGAGCAGCAGAAGAAGAAGACAAGCAAAGCAUCAUGGACGUUUUCAAGAAGGGAUUCUCCAUGGCGAAGGACGGAGUCGUCGCUGCCGCCGAGAAGACGAAGGCCGGAGUGGAGGAGGCAGCUGCCAAGACCAAGGAGGGGGUCAUCUACGUUGGAAGUAAGACGAUGGAGGGAGUUGUGACAGGUGUGAACACAGUUGCUCAGAAGACGACCGAACAGGCUAACGUCGUGGCCGACACCGCUGUUUCUGGGGCCAAUGAGGUUGCCCAGGCAACGGUGCAGGGGGUGGAGAAUGCAGCAGCGGCAACCAGAUUCGUUAGCACGGAGGAGGCGGAGCCAGUGCCUGAGGAGACUGAGCUCCAAAAGCCAGACGCAGGAGGAGAACAGACUGAACAAGCUGCACAGUAGACUCUGAACUUCCUGCCGUCACCGAACAAGAGAAGAAGAAGAAUCUUCAUAUUUUAUCUGUUGCUCAACCUUUGACCUCUGACCCCUCAUUAACCAAGAGAAACCCUCCUCAUCACCCGCGCCUGCCCCCGGCACCAUGGUUACGCCGCCUCCGCUCAUCAUUUACAUGUCAGUUUAACAACUCCGCACUUUCAUCUGAUUGGCUGUUGUGGACCACAGGUGUCUUUUGGGCUCCGCCCCCUGACAGAGGGAUACCUGAAGCCUUAUAAAUGCACGUGGCUUUACUGACACACACUGAAAUGAUUAAUCCACACACACACACUUCCUGUAUGUGUUGCUGAUUUUUAACAACAAAAUUAAAAUGUUUUAAAAUUC